AUGCUUCGCUGCUUGAACGCGGCUCGGACAAGGAGUGCGGCCCGGAUUCUCGCCCGGUACAGUUCAACACAAAAUCAAGCACAGGUAGCCAUCCUCACCGAUCGCGAGGUUCGACAUCUGCUCUCCAGUGAUAAUGCGAUCGAGCGAUUUAUAGUGUGGGCAACGGGCAAAAAGCCACCCAAGAAUGACAUGGAGCGCUUUCAAGAAGCGAUCAAGGAGUUCCGGAAAAAGUACGAAGGGGACGCAAAAGAGAAGAAGGGCCCAGAUGGGAAGCAGGCGGACGGCGACAAAAAUCCAGAGACUCCACCAGGAGGAUGGCAAGGAAUCGCCGUCUCGGCGGUCGUCAUUCUCGCGCUCUACCUGUUCAACGACUCCCAGUCUUACAAGGAGUUGUCCUGGAAUCAAUUCUACAAGGAAUUCCUCGAGGCCAACGCCGUUGAUCGCCUGGAAGUUGUCAACAAGAAAUGGGUUCGCGUGAUUACGUCAAGUGGAAAAUACGGAACGGCGCGCCCCUACUUCAACAUUGGCAGUGUCGAGUCGUUCGAGCGGAGUUUAGCCGGCGCUCAAGCGUAUCUUGGCUACGAAGCAGAUAGACAAAUUCCAGUGCUCUACAAGGAGGAAUUUGAUUACAAGCACAACUUGCCCCAAAUCCUGAGCACGCUGCUCCCUCUCUUCAUCCUGUACUACUUCUACCGCUCGGCCAAGCGAAUGUCAGGCGGAGCAGGUGGAGCCAAGGGCGGAGGCGGCGGCUUUGGCGGUCUCUUCGGCAAUUUCGGCUCCAGCACCGCCCGUGUCAUCAACAAGGAGGAUAUUAAGGUUGCCUUCAAAGACGUCGCCGGGUGCGAGGAGGCCAAGAUCGAGAUCAUGGAGUUUGUCAACUUCCUGAAGAACCCCCAACAGUACAAGAACCUGGGCGCCAAGAUACCAAAGGGAGCCAUUCUUACCGGCCCGCCCGGCACUGGAAAAACGCUGCUCGCCAAGGCGACCGCUGGCGAGGCCAACGUACCCUUCAUCACAGUCUCUGGCUCGGAAUUCUUGGAAAUGUUUGUCGGAGUGGGUCCUGCCCGUGUGCGCGAUAUGUUUGCGAUGGCGCGUAAGAACGCCCCCUGCAUCCUUUUCAUCGACGAGAUUGACGCCGUCGGAAGAAAACGUGGCGGUAAGGGUGGAAUGGGCGGCCACAGUGAGCAGGAGAACACGUUGAAUCAACUCCUCGUUGAGAUGGACGGAUUCUCGACUGACGAGAGCAACGUUAUCGUCAUGGCGGCAACGAAUCGCGUUGACAUCUUGGAUUCGGCGCUGCUGCGCCCUGGGCGUUUCGAUCGGCAAAUCUACGUGCCCGUGCCGGACAUCAAGGGUCGUGCUUCAAUCUUCCGCGUCCAUUUGACACCGCUGAAGACCUCGCUGGACAAGAUGGCCUUGAGCAGGAAGCUUGCUGCGCACACCCCCGGCUUUUCUGGCGCCGACAUCUCCAACGUGUGCAACGAGGCCGCCCUAAUUGCUGCCCGUGACGCCAACGACGAGAUCACGAUGAAGAACUUUGAGAUGGCGAUCGAACGUGUCGUUGCCGGCAUGGAAAAGAAGAGCCAGGUUCUUCAGCCUGAAGAAAAGAAGACGGUCGCCUACCACGAGGCCGGGCACGCAAUUGCCGGCUGGUUUCUGCAGUACGCCGAUCCGUUGUUGAAGGUAUCCAUUAUCCCCCGCGGAAAAGGGCUCGGCUACGCGCAAUACCUGCCCAAGGAGCAGUACCUCUACUCGACGCAGCAGCUGCUUGACAGGAUGUGCAUGACGCUUGGCGGACGGGUGGCUGAAGAGAUCUUCUUUGGCCGAAUCACGACGGGCGCCCAGGAUGAUCUACAGAAGGUUACGCAAAUGGCCUACUCACAGGUUGUCAAGUAUGGCAUGUCGGCAAAGGUGGGCCCGCUCUCCUUCGACACGCCGCAGCCCGGCGAGAUGGCCUUCGACAAGCCGUAUUCCGAGGCGACCGCUCAAUUGAUCGAUCAAGAGGUCCGGGACCUGGUGAUGGGCGCCCUGACCAGGACGCGUGAGCUGCUCGUCAGCAAACGGGACGACGUCGAGAAGGUGGCGCUGCGUUUGCUGGAGAAGGAGGUGCUCUCGCGCGACGACAUGGUCGAGAUGGUCGGCAAACGGCCGUUCGGCGAGAAGCACACCUACGAGGAGAUGGUGGAAGGCACUGGCGGCAUGGACGAGGACACGCAACUACCGAAGGGGCUGAAGAAUUGGAACGAGGAGAAGCAGCCAAAGGAGACCGCGCCGGCAUCA